AUGGCAUCCCUUUUAGGGAACUUGUCGGUGGAACGCUUUGCAAGACACGCCAGCUACGUUCACAGAGAUGCUUUGGAGGAGUCCUGCAACAAAGUUCACGAGCUGGCUCCGUCGGAAAUGUGCCAGUUCGUCAUGCGCACCGAAUCGUGCCGGGAGGAUGUAUUUUUCUUCGACUACACCUACUUUUUGUUCUGCACGAUUGGGUAUGAAAACACGACCCUAUUCCGGUUGGGAACGAUACUGCUGGUAUUCGGACUUUUGCUGUGCUUUACCGUACUUGGAACGACGGCCGAUGAGUACUUCUGUCCGGUGUUGGCCGCCAUUUCAAAGAAACUCAAAAUCAGUGAAACCGUCGCCGGUGUAACGAUUUUGGCUUUCGGAAACGGAUCGCCGGAUCUGUUUACGGCUGCGAGUAAUCCGUCCAGCGAUACCGAGCUCAUGUUUGGUGAACUGCUGGGAGCAGCAAUGUUUGUCAUUGGCGUGGUUGGGGCAGUAAUUUUGAUUAUUAGACCUUUUCAGCAGGAUCCGCUGACGUUAGUUCGGGAUGUUGUUUUUUUCACGUUCAUCGUUGGCUGGAUAACAGUCUGUGCGUACGAUGAACGAUUCACGCUGUCGGACGCGGUGGUUGUUGUUGUCGUUUAUAUGGUUUAUCUUGCCGCAGUUUUGUUGCAGUUUUUCCUGCUUAAGAGAGAGCUAAGCACGGUUGCAUCCAGAAUUUCCCUAAGUGGCGAAGAACCAGAUGAUGACCUGUACUACAAUGACCUACGAAGGAAAACGGAGGUUUUCAUUCGAUCGAAGGAUCUUAGAGCAGGUUCGGAGGUGGAUAUAACAAAGAACAGGGUCAGUACAUUCGCGUCCCGUCAGCGUCCUUCCAAAAAUCGCAAUUUGUUCCAAGAUUUCUGCAGCCAUGUGAAUCCAGUCGACCAGGAAGAGUGGAAUUCUUCUGGAUACUUGAGAAAAACGCUAACCAUUUUAUUAAUACCGAUUCGUUCAGUACUUUGUUUCACAAUUCCGGUAGUUGACUACACUGUGGAGCGACAUGGAUGGACUAAGUUGCUAAACAUGAUUCAUUGUUUGACGCUUCCCCUACUGUUCUUUUCAAUAAUUGGUUAUAUUUCCAAAAAUAUGUUGGACAUUCCUGUGUGGGCCUGGCUGGUGGGUGUCAGCUUCCUGCUGAUGGUGGCAAUUUUCUUCACAUCAAGAACCGACAGACCGCCUUGUUACCAUCUGGCUUACGCACUGCUGGCCUUUUUCGGAUCGAUAUUGAUCAUCUACAUAGUCGCCCAAGAGGUGGUUAGUUUACUGGUUACCAUUGGACUGGUGCUUAACCUGUCGCGGUCGAUGCUGGGCCUGUCGGUGCUAGCUUGGGGAAACAGUAUUGGCGAUCUGUUCUCGAACAUCACCCUGGCGAAGCAAGGCUACGGGAAAAUGGCGUUUGCUGCCUGCAUGGGAGGACCAUUAUUCAGUAAGAUAUUUUAUUGUGGUUGUUAA